UAAACUGUGUUCAACAAAGCAACAAGUGCAUUAUGUAGUAAACAUGUAAUUAAUUAUAUAAUGGUGAAAUAGAAACGUCAGACUCUCAGUAUCAAAUGUUGUCAUCGAUAACGUUAUCUAUAUUUAAACGGCGUAUAAAUAAUCUUGAAUAUUUCGAAUUACCAAUAUUCGCACCAACAUUAUAACUACUAGAUACACAUAAUAUCAGUUUGUAUUGAGAGAGCAAACAUGGCGCACACAGACGUUUCCUUGACGAACUUGUUGAACAAAAUCGCUGAAGAACAAAAUUACAAGAACCCUGAUAUCACCAUCAAUGAAAUAUCAAGCGGCGGAGCAAACUACACCUCUAAACUAUUCACAGUAGUACUACGAGCACAGAAUAAAGAAGAUCUUCAUUUAUUUGCUAAAGUCGCAGUGAUGAGUGAAAAAAUGCGCACUGAAGCAUCUGCAAGCAACACACCUAUAAACAUUUUUGACACUGAAAAAUUUGCCUACACGAAACUAUGGAAGAUCUAUUCAGCCUUAGAAGACAAGAACGGAGUACCUGAAGAGCACAGACUGCUGUACACCAAGUGCUACGGGUUUGAUGACACGGUGUAUCAAGAGAAACUGGUGCUGGAGAACUUGCUGACGCAGGGCUACGGACCCUUCGACAGGUUCAAGUCAGUAGACUGGGCGUACGCCUCUGCCGCAAUUUCAGAAUGUGCCAAAUUACAUGCACUUUCAUUCGCGUUUAGGGAACAAAAUCCAGAAGAGUUUAAAAACUUUUUGGAAAUGACAAAAAUGGAUUGGGCCGAUAUGAAAAUGGGCCCUACAUUGGAUAAUUGUGUUAAAUCGGCAUUGAAAUUAAUAAUACCACAGAACAAGCAAGCAUUCGAAAACAUGUUGAAAAAUCCACUUGACAUGAUGGUGAAGUUAUACACUCCUGUUCGUACUAAUGCCAUUAUCCAUGGAGACUUCAGGGGCAACAACCUGUUGCACAGAGUGCGCGACGAUGGGAAAGUAGAUAUAAAGGUGUUGGACCUCCAGACCCUGCAGGCUGGCAGCCCGGCCACCGACGUCGUCUACUUCAUCAUCGCAGGUACCGACGAGCAGUUCCGUGCCCAGUACUAUGACAAGCUGAUCGAGCACUACUACUCAGAGCUCAGCGCUUCCCUAAGGAGGCUGCACCUCAACCCUGACGAAGUCUACUCCAGGGAGGACUUCGAUUAUGAACUAAAAGAGAAACUAGCGUGUGGACUGGUUCUUGCUACGUUUCACUUAGCCGUCGUGUUGGUGGAUGAGGAGAAGGCGCCCCAAGUUGACGAGAACCUGCGGGUAGACUCCUUUAACGUUGAAAAUAACAGCGAUUUGUAUAGCGAGAGGCUCAAUGGAAUCGUCAAUGAUUAUGUCAAGUGGGGAAUCCUGAAGUAAACAGUGAGGACUUGGGCGAUUUGAUGGAAGUGUAUUAUGUGAAUUAUAUUGAUAAGAUAAUUAAGUA